GAUUUGAGGAUUUCGACUUAUGAAAGAAAACACUACCGUGUGUAAAAUAGAAAAGUGGAUAUUUUACAUUUUGCAAAAACUAGUGAAAGGAAAAUUUGUCAUCACAGAGGAAAUGAAGCUUUAUAACAGUGUAGUACUUUGUCGUGUAUUCAUACUCAUGGAUAAGAUACAUGCACUUUUAGUCCAAGGUUCUUAUGCUAAUCAACGCGCGCUUUUUUAUGAAAUGCGCCAUCUUAAGAUGGAAUAUAGCGUUACAAACAAAAGUUACAGCUUGACUAAACACAGUUCCUAUUUGUUUCCUUCCCAAAUACAAGUGGACACAACUAUUCGUAAGAUUAGUGGUCUGUUAGGUAGCAGCCGUAAUGAGUUGCAUAUUUUUCCAAAUAGCAAAGGAUUUCUAAGUGGCGCUAUUGCCCUUGUCCACCACAAUUCCUCAUCUAAUGCUAUAGACUGUCUCAGGGAAUUUCCAGAUGGUUGGUGUAUACCAGGCAGUACAGAGUACUUGAACCAAUUCAAAUUCGAAAAUCUCGGAGCUCAAUACAUUGUUGUGAUAGAGAAACAUGGGAUCUUCAAGAGGCUAUUAGAAGAUAGAUUUGUCCACCAUUUGCCUUCCAUUCUCAUCUGCGGACUCGGAUAUCCUAGCAUUGCCACAAAAUUCUUGUUUCAAAGAAUAGCGAGAGAGCUUAGACUACCUUGUCUUGGUCUUGUGGACUAUAACCCCCACGGUUUGGCACUUUUACAAACAUACAGAAGUUCUCUUGCGAAGGAGGCGUCUGAUCUUGAUAACCAACUUUCGUGCUCCUCCUGGAGAGAAAGCACGCCAUUGCAUAUCUACUGGUUAGGUUUACACUUCUCUCAGUUGUCGCAGUUGAAUCUUUGGGAUAAGUUUCGAAAGCCUUUAACAAGGCGAGAUCGAGUUCUUCUCACAAAGUUGCGCAAUCAACUACAAACCAAAGCUGGACGAAAUUUAGCAGUACUAGAGCAAGAAUUGAAUGCGAUGCAGAAUGGUAAGGUUGAACUGCAAGCAAUCUAUUCGCUCGGACACUCUUAUCUAUCGAGAACUUAUUUGCCGUCUGCUAUUUUUCACUAUGAGGACCUUGUUCCCCGGUUGUAGUCAAUACUCUUUUUUUACUUCCGUAUUUUACAUACAACACAAUUCUAAGAGUUUCAUUCCCGAAAACCUUUUUGGCAAUUAUCUGAAUGGUCUCAGUUAAGUUUGUCGAAAGAGUGAACAAAGAGUUUGUUCAAUACUAUUAUAAAACAUUUUAAUAGUAA